GGCUGGUGAGAGGUGAAAGGUGAAAGGUGACGGUUAGAGGGCGGGGCUUCUUGUGUAAUGGCGGCAGGUUAACAGGAAGGUGCUGACCGUGUGAGAGAGCUGCGUACCGCGCCGUAGAAUUACUGAGCUUGUCAUGGCUGCUGUGGGUUUUAAACGAGAAGGUCCACAGUUUAUCAGCGAGUUAGCAGUGCGAGGAAACGCUGCCAUCCUGGACUAUUGCCGCACGUCUGUGUCUGCACUGUCGGGUGCCACUGCUGGGAUCCUGGGGCUGACAGCACUGACAGGUUUCAUCUUCUACUUUGUUGCCUCUUUCCUCCUCUCCGUGCUGCUCAUUGUAAAAGCUGGACGGCGCUGGAGCAAGUAUUUCAAGUCUCGCCGCCCUCUCUUCACUGGAGGCCUUGUCGGUGGCCUCUUCACCUACAUCCUGUUCUGGACCUUCCUGUACGGCAUGGUGCACGUUUACUGAAGCAGGAACUUGCCUCCUGCUCCCAUCAGACAAUUGGAGCAGCACAAACACUUCCACCGUCACCUCCAUCCACUUGUUGAAUCUUACAAAUUAAACUUGUCAUCGUCAUAAACUGCACAGAUUCUGUUCCCAGUUGUGAGGUCAGAUUGUGCUUUAGGUUCGGUUGUCUUUAAGUUUUGUGUGGUUGGGUUGAUCACUGAGGCUGUGGGAAUGUUUCAGUCCCCCGUUCCAAAUGCAGUAAAGCAGCUGAAAAGUUUGCCAGCCAGGAUAUUCCUCGUAACCUUUUAAUGGGUCAGUGAGGGGAGUUGUGGAACUGGUUAGUUCUUGUUGAUGGAUACUUCUGGGCACAGGCCACAGAUUUUAAAUUCUUCUACCAUAUUGUGAAGACUAUUUGUUGAAAAGGGGGAGAGGAUUUUCCCUGGAAUUCCAACCUCCCCCUUCAUAACCUGCCUUGACUUCACUACUUAGCAUGUGUUGUGACAGAGAGCCCCCCCCCCUCACUUCCCUAACUGCAUGCAGCGAGUAAUCCCCUUGACCAUUGGCACUGACCUUCCCUCCCCUGUGGAGGCUGUGCUGACAGGGCACCAUGCCCCAACAUCUGGCUCCAGCCCCCUGUACUCUGUGACAGGACAGUCCAUAUUCAUCUGGCAUGCAGUGCCUUUUGGAACUGUAUUGUUUAUUUGUUAGCAGGCCAUCCUCCCUCCCUCCCUCCCCUCGAUGCUGGGUCAUGGAAUUCUCAGGAGGUAUUCUCGACAGAAGCUGAAGGAGUCCCACAGGGAUGGCUCUUUGUGCAGAGAAGGGAUUGGUCUUCGAGGCUUGGCAGUUUCUACAUCAUUACCAAGUUUAUUCUAUGGUUCACGUCUCUACUUGGGGAAAAUGGAAGAGUAUCUUUGAGUGCAGACAGAUUUAAAAUGAGAUCCUGGAACACAGCAGGGAAAGCUGGAAUCGGUUUCACUGUGACGUAGGCUGUAACAAGUUCAAAAUCUGAGAAUCAGGGAUUUACAAUUAAACCAUUUUGUCACUACUGAUGGUAAUUGAUAUGUUUUUAACAAGACAUUUGCCCAUUUUUGUGGGAACCAGUGAAUGUUUCAGAAAAGUAGCAAAUAACCUUGUCUUAAUUCAUGUUUCCAGGCUGCCUGCCUGUAUUUUACAACAAUAAACUCAACCUGGCUGUUCCCAUGUCA